ACACAUAACAUAUAAAAAACCUGUAUAUAUGUGUGAUCAGAUCGUUAGUUUUUUUGCCCUGAAAAAUAUAAAAAUGGCGCCAGCGGGAUUGCCUCCAGGUUUUAGGUUCCAUCCAACAGAUGAAGAGCUUGUGAAUUACUAUCUUAAAAGGAAGAUACAUGGCCAAGAGAUUGAACUUGACAUCAUUCCUGAAGUUGAUCUCUAUAAAUGUGAACCAUGGGAGUUAGCAGAAAAAUCAUUUUUACCAAGUCGAGAUCCCGAAUGGUAUUUUUUCGGACCACGAGACAGAAAAUAUCCAAACGGAUUCAGAACUAACAGAGCAACAAGGGCUGGAUACUGGAAAUCAACUGGUAAAGAUCGAAGAGUUACAAGUCAAGGUCAGAAUCGUGCCAUUGGAAUGAAAAAAACAUUGGUGUAUUAUCGUGGACGUGCUCCUCAAGGAAUUAGAACAGAUUGGGUAAUGCAUGAAUAUCGACUCGACGAUAAAGAUUGUCAAGACACAUUGGGUAUUCAGGACUCUUAUGCCUUGUGUCGUGUUUUCAAGAAAAAUGGAGUGUGUGUUGAACUGGAAGAUAAUGGACAUACGAGCAUGUCAAUGUCACAAUAUUCUCCAACGAUUACCAAUGAUUAUGAAAUGAUGUCGCCGGAUGUUCCCAUUGCGUCAUCGUCGUGUUUGGAUGAAGAUGAUAAAGACGAUUCUUGGAUGCAGUUCAUUACAGACGAUCCGUGGUGUUCUCCAAAUAGUCCACAUGCGACAUUAACAAACUAAGGACAUAUUAAAACAUUUGUAUCAAAUAAAAUAUAAGAGUAAAGAUUGACACGUGUAUUAUUCCAAAUGUAAGUUUUGGGCACUGAAUUAUAAACCUUUUUUAUUUAUAUCAUUUAUACCUCAAGAUGUAA